AUGCCUCUCUGCGUUCAGUACAAGGAAAUAAACGGCACCCGUCUCACGGCAGACAUCUACCUCCCUUCCAGCCAAGGGAAACGACCGGUGUUAAUUAAUAUCCAUGGCGGCGCCUUUAUGCUCGGAUCAUCCAAGAUGGUCUCCCUCCCUCAGAUCGAGGACUGUCUAUCCCGCGACUGGAUCGUAGUGGUCCCCAACCAUCGACUGUGUCCUGCCGUGAACAUCCUCGAGGGACCUAUAUCCGACUGCCGCGAUCUGCUUGCCUGGAUCUACGAUGGGCAUCUUGAUGAAUUUCUACGUGUGCAGAGUGAGGGUAGUGAUGGCAGUACCCUUGUGAGCUGUGAUCUCGACAAGGUGAUGGCUUUUGGGACUUCAUCGGGGGGGACCCUUGCUUUAGCAUUGUGCUUUGAUGUCCCUCGCACCCCCGCGGCGAUUCUUAACUUCUACGCCCCCGUGAACUUCUCACAUCCCUUCUGGACCAGUCCAUUACCGCACGUUGCGGCACGGCUACCAGGGACGCUGACAGAACAAUUCAUGAAAAAAGUAUACGAUGAAUUCCCCGUGCCGAGUGGGGGGGAAACCUCCCUCGAAGGACAGAGCGUUGGGCCGGAUUUCUCGAGACCACGCGACGCCUUCGCUUUCACGGCCAUCGCGAACGGCUCGGUUAUUGACCGCUGCUAUCCGCCUCCAUUGGAUAGAACGCUGAUCGAUCCGCUGGUUCGCGUGGCGGAUGGCUCAUUUCCCCCGACGUAUAUCGUCCACGGGGAGGCCGACACAAUGGUUCCCCCGGAGCUGAGUAGGGGGUUGUUCGCUACGUUGAAGGAGAACGGUGUCCGCUGUGGAAUGACGGAGGUUCCGGGAGAAGAGCACACGUUUGCCAUGCGGAUGGUUAAGGGGUCGGCGACCUGGCAGUUGCAGAGGCAGGGAUUUGAUUUUUUGGAGGAGAUUAUCAGUGGGGGUAAUAGUACCCUAUAG